CUAGGGUUUAAAUCGAAACCAAAAAAUUGAGUUGAAUCAGACUCGUUCGUUCGUUCGUUCGUUUGUAGGGUGCUUUGUAGGGAUUCCGAUUGAUAAACAGGUAAAUAAACCCUACCUAAAAUGGAGGAAGAAAUCUGCACGACGUCUGCACAUAGAGUCUGCUCCAUCGAAGAUCUUCUGAGUAAAAUCUUAGCCGGCUUACCUCUGGGCUCCUUACGCCUGUCAAAAUCGGUGUGCAAACGAUGGUUACAUCUCAUCACGGGUCCUAGUUUCAACUUGCUCCGCAGUAAGGCCGAUCAUCCUUGCUUUUUGUUACGCCAUGCUUUCUCUGUGUUUGAUUAUGUGCCAUUGACAAGUAUACAACGUCCUUUAAUUUCAAUAAGCUUCCCUUUUAACGCGGAUAAUCUCGAGGUUUUGCAAUCAUGUAACGGCCUCCUCCUGUGUCUUGACCACAAGCCUGCUGAUAAGUUAUAUGUUUACAAUCCGACCAUAAACGUUGCUUCCACCGCCCCCUAGUUGGAAACCAAAUGGACUUAUUACAUAUAUGGGAUUAGCUUUUGAUCCUACAGUCUCACCACACUACAAAAUCAUAUAUCCUGGCCAAUGGCCCGGUGGAGUGGUUCAUGUAGAGAUUUAUUCCUCAGAAACAGGCAACUGGAACUCUCGUGCAGCUCAGACUAAUCUUAGUCUAUCAUCUUUUGUGACGUUUGAUUCGGGGGUGGUUUACUGGCAUGGUGCGAUUCAUUGGCUGUCGCGUAUUGGUGUAUAUCAUUUGAGCUUAGAGUUAGAUGAUGAAGAAGAGAAUAUAUUACAAGUAGAAGAGGACCCAAGCAUAAGGUAUUAUACUCGUGAUAAGUUAUUUGUGUCACGCGGUUGCUUGCUCCUUGUUAAGAUGCUCCAUGAGCCGGAGCCGCCUCUUCAAAUGAAUGUUUAUGAGAUGAAGAACAACUCUUACUCUUCUGGGUGGUCUCUCAGGUACCAUGUUAAUCUUCAAUCUGCUGGAAGUUUCCUCGGACCUUAUUUCAAUGUACUAGCACUUGUGCUCGGGGAAAGAGAGGAGGAUUCGUUUCUUGUGCUGGAAGACAACUUGUCGUCUAUGCUUAUUAUACAAUACAAUAUCCGCUCAAACACUUUCCAUCAACUCUGUGACUUGACCCAGACUCGACUUCAUCAGACACGAUGUCAAUUUGAUAGCUUUCUCUUCACCCCGUCUCUUGUUGGUGUUUGAGUAAAUAAGGUAAAUUAUUAUUAUGUAUGAUUUUGAUUUCCUGUCUUGUUUCAAACAUACAUUUUUUUACCAUAUGCUGGUUUUGAACAUCCUGUGGUAUUGUUUCAUAUAGCUUAAAUCUAGCUAUCAGUUUUUUCUUCCAA